AUGGCCUUCCCCCACAACAAGGACGAUGAUGUCCUCGCUGGCGAUGGCCCAUCUGCGUAUGGCAAUUAUGACUCUACGCGUCUCAACGAUACGUCUGAGUCUGGCUCGAUAGACCCUGAUUCUGGUGUCAAGCGUGGUCUAAAGAACCGACAUUUGUCGAUGAUGGCCUUGGCUGGUAUUAUUGGACCUGGACUACUUGUUGGUGCAGGCGGUGCUUUGAACGUUGGAGGACCAGCUGCGCUGUUGAUCGGUUUCGGUGUUGUUGGUAUCAUCGCAUUCUGUAUUAUGCAGUCUCUCGGUGAAGUGACGACGCUGUAUCCUGGUGGGGGCUCUUUCAUCUCUCUUGCUGAGCGCAUGGUAGACAAGUCCUUCUCCGUCGCUGUAGGCUGGAAUUAUUUCGUUAUCUGGGCCGCCGUUCUCGCCAACGAGUACAAUGUUAUCUGCAGUAUUCUUACCUAUUGGGGACCUGCCGUUCCUCUCUGGGGCUACUUCCUCAUCUUCUGGACCGUUUUCAUGGCAUUUCAACUACUUGGUGUCGAAGCCUUUGGCGAGGCAGAGUUCUGGCUUGCGCUCAUGAAGCUACUGGGUUUGACGGCAUACUUCAUUUUCGCUAUUAUCUACGCCGCCGGUGGCUUGGUUGGCCAAGAUGAACCCUUGGGCUUCAGAUACUGGAGUGACCCAGGAGCCUUCAACGGAAAUGGCUUCCGCGGCGUUGCUGCAGUCUUUGUGUUUUGCGCCACGUUUUACUCUGGUGUUGAGUCCAUUGCUGUAGCUGCAACUGAGACUAGAAACCCUGGUGUAGCUGUUCCUCAAGCUAUCCGCCAGGUUUUUUGGCGUAUCAUCUUUGUCUACAUGGGAUCUGCUCUCUUCUUUGGCAUCACCUGUCCUGCUAAUGCGGGCGGACUUGUCAAUGGAGGCUCCAAGGCUCUGCAGAGUCCCAUGACUAUUGCUAUUGAGAACGCUGGCUGGCAAGGAGGUGUUCACCUUAUCAACGCUUUCAUUCUUCUGACUUGUUUAUCUGCCAUCAAUUCAUCCAUCUAUUUCGGCUCUCGAACUGUUUUCUAUAUGGCUCAGUCUGGUAAAGCCCCCAAGAUAUUCGCCUGGACUAACAAACGAGGCGUCCCUGUAUGGGCUAUCCUUAUCACCAAUGCCGUUGGCGCCAUCUCCAUGAUGAACGUCUCUACUGGCGCAUCCAAAGCGUACAGCUAUAUCGUCAACUUAUCAGGUGUCAGUGCCUUCCUUGUUUGGGGCAGCAUCUGCUUCAUCCAUAUUCGCUUCCGUCGGGCCUGGGUUGCUCAGGGUCGAAGCCUCGAUGAACUUCCCUACAAGGCGUUGGGAUUUCCCUACCUUGCUUGGUUUGGACUGGCGGCAUGCAUCUUCCUAGCUCUGGUCCAGGGCUGGACAACGCUGUCACCGUUCGAUGCUGGUAACUUUGUAGAUGCUUAUAUCUUGGUGCCACUGUUUGGUAUCAUCUAUGUGUUCUGCAAGAUCUUGUGGCGUGGGAGCGAUCCACUAAAGCGAAGCUGGAGCAUUGAUCUUGAUAGUGGAAGAAGGACGGACUUGGAUCAAAAAAGCGGUCCGACGUCAAGAGACCUGCCAGGUCAAAUGCCUUGGUGGAGGAAGGUAUGGUCUUGGUUCUAA